GCCAGCCGCUUCGUGUGCCAUGACGUCAUCCGCAAGCCCCGCCCCCGGGAAGCGGCGCAUGCGCACGCAGCCGCUGCGGUGACUGUGGGACAAGCGGCUGCGCUUCAUUCAAACAAGCGGAGCGCGGUUGGCGAGGAUUCCAAACCUGCGAUCCACGGCAUUGGUUAAAUGCUCUAUGCACUGUCACCCAGGACAUCAAUGCGUUGAGAGAGUUGACCAUAUGCAGUUCUGUAAUGCUGUGAUCACGCUUCAAUGAUUUAAAGUGCAUCAUCACAUCUAAAAAUAGACAGCAAUAAAACAACUAAUUAAAUUGAUUCAAUCCAGAAGAUACAAAAGACGAAGAGAAGCUGAAAAUGCUACUAAUCUCCCCAAGGGGCUGAAUUGAGCAAACCAUCACUGCAGCUAGGGACAGCAGGUAUCUACACUUCAUUCCAAAGGAAAGUGGAUUUGAAGAAGUAAAGUAAAACCUGGAGUGAAUUUUGACAUAUUCAAUGUUUGAACUACUUAUCAAGCCUGUGGUGGAGGGACAAACAGGUCAUUAUUAAACUAUCGCCAGGGAAACCACAGCUGAGCAAAUUACGCAGAGAGUGCACAGGAGGCAUCCUGAGAAUCUUUCAUUCAACAAAUAACUUAAGCUCGCCAUUAUUAUUUCUGGCCUGUUUGAAUCUGAUUUCUUCAAUCUUUAAUAUACCCUUACCAAAACGUACAUUUUCUCAUGUGUUAAGUUGCUGCAAUGGGGAAGUGCAACAGUAAGCUGAAACCUGAAGUUGUGGAGGAGCUGACCAGGAAGACGUACUUUACUGAGAAAGAAGUCCAGCAGUGGUACAAAGGUUUCAUUAAAGAUUGCCCCAGUGGGCAACUUGAUGCAGCAGGCUUCCAGAAAAUCUACAAACAGUUCUUUCCCUGUGGAGACCCUACGAAGUUUGCUAAAUUUGUCUUCGAUGUCUUCGAUGAAAAUAAAGAUGGAAAAAUUGAAUUCUCUGAGUUUAUCCAAGCACUGUCAGUAACUUCACGGGGGACUCUGGAUGAAAAACUGAGAUGGGCUUUUAAACUGUAUGACCUAGAUAAUGAUGGCUACAUCACCAGGACGGAGAUGCUAAAUAUUGUGGAUGCUAUUUAUCAGAUGGUGGGUAAUACUGUGGAACUGCCUGAAGAGGAGAACACACCAGAGAAACGAGUGGAUAGGAUUUUUGCUAUGAUGGACAAGAACGCUGAUGGGAAGUUAACGCUACAGGAGUUUCAAGAGGGAUCAAAAGCUGAUCCAUCUAUUGUCCAAGCGCUUUCUCUAUAUGAUGGUCUAGUAUAGUCCCUGCAACCUCCCUUGUGCCAUGAUGACCAAGGAUUGAAGCAUUUUGAUGCCAUUUGAUCGGUUCUGUGCAGAAGCUCGAUGGUCCAGCAGUCGCUCACCUUCACCCAGAUGUGAACAGGAGUGCACGAGUGUGUGCAAGCUGAGCUCUUUUGCUUGUCUCCAUUUGCCAAUCUCAGCUUAAGAACCCAAAAUGUUUUUUUUUAAACUUGAACUCUGCGGUAGUAAAUGCCUCAGUUUUUUUUGGAAAGACUUGAUCAAAAGGAGCAUGAAUCUUUGCCUUUUUUUUAACAAUAUUUGACAAUUAAAAUGCUCUAGCUGUGAAUUUUUUGUUUGGCUGUCCUGACCACUUCAAAUAAUGUUUAAAACAAACAAACAAAAGAAAUUGCUGGUCUUGUAUUGUCUGAAAAUAUUAGCAGCAAAGUGAGGGUUUUGUGAGUGUUUUGUGCUUUAAGUGGAAAUGUUUUAUCAUGUAAACUGUUAAUUUAGUUGUGAAAUUGCAUUGUACUCUGGUUGUACCACCUUUUAUUUUGAAGCAAAGCAGACAAUUUUUCAAAGCCAUGCUGACAUCUGUCAGGCAUUAAAUCAGACUUGUAGAUUCUAUGACUAUCAAGUUGUUGUACUGUAACUGACCCAAACUCCAGCAUUUAUUGCAGAUGUUUUCCAAAUUCCAUUGGUUUCUUAAUUUGAUGUUCUGUCAGAGACUCCAUAAAGUAAGAAUGGGCAGAUCAGAAUGUAUUACAGGGCAACACUCUGACAAAAAAAAGAAUUGCCUUGGUUCACAAAGAUUGAAGUUGAAGCUGUUGUUUGAUCACAAGCCCUUGCAAUACAAGUUUCCUUGCUGCUUUACCUAUUAUUCAGCUUUAGAUCUCAGUAGUGUAAUAUUUUCUUUCUCUGGUCAGCAGAUGAAUAGUCUGAAAUCAGAUACCCAUGGUUAAUAUUAAUGCCACACAACAUAAUCAUUGCUGUGAAUAGAGGAUACCAUUGCCUGAUUUGAAUUACAUGUUGAAAUUUUAUUUCACCAUGUUCUAGAAUUCAUAUUAGUUUAGUAUAUUAAAUUACAUGUAUGUGGUACUACUCAUGAAAGAGACCGAACUUGUUAUUCACACCCAAAGCUACUUUAACCCUUGACCAUCUAGUAGUUUUACAUAUUGCACAUUAAGUGUUCUUUUUUGUAUUUAAAGAAAAAAAACUUCUCUCUUCCUGGUUUGUGAAGUGAUGGAUAUUUCAUUAGUAACAAUGGUUUGGACAGUAGAGAAAUUUUGUUCCUUUACAUAAAAAUGUAUAAUUUCUAAGAAAAGACCAACCAAGAAAAAUGAGAAAACACUAACUAUUUUUUUGUUUCUGUUGCAGUUGGGCGUGAUUGGGUUGAAUUUAAUAUGCACAGAACACUGUCAUUCUAGUUACUGAAAUCCCUUCAGAACUCUGACUUGAUCCAUUUAAUGUAACCCCCAUUUGUUUUGGAUUUUUUUUGAAAUCCUUUUAACAUUUUUUAUUAUAUUUAAUAUUUGUUUUUAAAUUAAAAGAUAGAAUUGAUAACCACUGCAUGGUGAUGUAUUUUGUAAGUUACAAUGGAGAGUGUAUCUUUGAUAUAUUUAAAUUGUUUUGCUUAAUAUUGUAUAGCUUGAUUGUAUGCUGUAGUGCACAUUGCUCACUUAACACAUUGCAAAUUCCAACAGUCUGGAUACAUCUAGUUAUAAAAUGAUUAUGUCUUGCACAAUUGCUUUUAGGACCUCUGGUGGAAACAUUUCAGAAGUUGUAUAGCCUUGUGAUUGAUGGGUUGUCCUUUUUUGUCUUUCCCUCUUUUCUGUACUAAGUCACAAAUGUAUUUUUCCACAUUCCCUUUUUUGCCUCAUUGUUUAUUUUUAAUCAUCUUUUAACUUGUGUUGUUUUUCUUAUUAACAAUUCAUUUUUGCCUGUAUGCUCAUAUUGAUCUGCUGUUACUUGUAACUGCUAAGCAUAUGUAACAAUCAGUGCAUGUUUAGAGCAUGUUCAGUUGCAAGUCAAGAACAAAAUUACAUAAGCCAUUUUCAGGCAAAAAGAAGAUAAAAGGAUGUAUCUGCCCUAGUAGUCUUUUGGGCUUGAUUCUAGUUUGUUUGGAUGAGGCUAUUUUUGGAUGACUCUUAAUAUCUUGUUUAAAUGAUGGCACCUUAAAGAGCAGGAAAAAUUGGAGCAUUAUCAGGUUGACUUAAGUAAAACAAAAUCACUCACUAUCAGUGCUGGCCGGCAGUCAUCUCUCUUGGUACAUUUCAUAAACACCAGCAAAAUUAAGAGAUGGGAAAGGCCAUUGCCCUGCUGUAGAUGAUGUAUUUGCUCCAUAAGUUUUGAAAGCUCCAUGAUUUAUGAAUGCAUCCACCAUGACCAGUCAUAUCUCCAUGACAAGCUACUCAGCUAUUACACUACCAGCAGGCUUCAUUUGUGUCAUUAGGGAAAGCCAAGGGACAGAUGAGGUUUGUAGUCCUUCAGGACUGUUCUGAGCUCUUCAAAAGAUGUUUAACAAAUGCUUUAAGGAACCCUUCCCCACCCCCCCCCCCCAAAAAAAAGGGAAUUAAGACAGACAUGUUUUGUUUUAUUUUUAUGGAACAUUUUAAUUUACAAAAGAUAUUGGCAGUGGGGGAAGGACAUUUUGAUUUAAAAUAGUUUGCAUUGGGAGGUCAUAUGAAUACAUGAAUGUGUUUACCCAAAGUUGGAAACCCAGUAAGGAAGGAAAGGUUUGAUCAAAUAAGUGGCAUCAAAGAUUUUCAUUCCCAAUGGGACAGGCACAUUGAGGUUGCCACUUUCUACUUUGUGUUUUAUUAACAUGUUUCAUCUAUUUGGUUGGAAUGUUUCCAGUGGUCGAAAUUAAUGUUUCUUUAUAAUUGCAAAUAGACAUUGUUAGUAGUAAUCGGUUCAGGCAUGAAGUCAACUAUAGUCAAACUGAGCCUGAGGACUUGCCCCUGCUUUCAUACUCUGCUCCACUGUUAGUGUAACUAUGAUCUCAAACAUGCUGUUGUUCAGAGUUGCAACUUGAGCAUGCAGCAUACGCCUGGUUAACCCAUCAUUGUGGGACCCCCAUUAAUGCCCACAUUUUAGAACUUUAUCCCCAUGCAAAACCCUUAAGCCCAUUUCUUCACCUUCCCUCUUCUUCUCCAGUCAAACUCUCUUUGCUUCCUUUUGAAUCCCACUUGGAUCUCACUGCCCCUUUUCAGCAGCACCUUUUCAUGAUGGCCAGUUGGAGAAAUAGAAAUAUUUCUCCUGUGCCAAGAGAAAUUGACUUCUAUAGCAGCAGGGAAGGGGUACUCAGUGCUAGAACAUAGUGGAUCAGGCAUCAUCUGUGGAAAGAUAAAUGAUCAACGUUUCUGGUUGAAGACCCUUCAUCAGAACUGGGAAAGAGAGAAAACAAAUUACCUUCAAGUUUUGUAAAGAAAUAGGGGCAUAGGAAUAGAUAGAACAUAGAUGGAUAUGGACAUGUAGUGCAGUUGUCUCCGCUCCAGUGAUACUGGUUCCCUUCUGACCUCCAGUGCUGUCUGUGUGGAGUUUGCAUGUUCUGCUGUGGGUUUUCUCUAGGUACCCCUGUUUCCUCCCACAUCCUAAAGAUGUGCUGGUUGGUACCUGAAUUGGCUACUGUAAAUUAUCUCUUCUGUUGGUGGGCAGUAGCAGAAUUAGAAGGUGAGGUGGGAGGGAGUCGAUGGGCAUGUGAGAGAGAAAGUUUCAGGGAAAUAGUUACAGCAAUAGGAUUACUCGGAGAGCCUGCAUAGACUCAAAGUGUCAUAUCGUCUCUUAUAUGGUAAGGAAAUAUGAAAAAUAUGACAAAAGGAAUAUUUUCUGAAAUGGUGAGGCCAGGAUUGAUCUGGUGGAAAGCUGUUGAAGAAGCUAUGUGGUUAAUAGAUUAAUAAAGGCAGAGAGAGGGAGAAAAAACAAACAUGUCUCUUUUACUAACUACUCAUUAAUAUAUCAACCAGAUGGGUUUGUGAAUUGCUUACCACUUUAUCAAUCCUGACCCUCCCUUAUCAGAUAUUUCCUUUAUCCUAUCCAUCCUUACUUCACCCUUCCUGCAAAUUAAAACUAACUUAUUUUCUCUUUUUCCCAGUUCUGUUGAAGGAUAUUUGUACUGGAAUGUUAACCCUGCUCCUAUUUCCACAGAUGCUGCCUGGCCUGCUGAGUAUUUGCAGUGGUUUUUGUUUUAAUUUCACAUUUCCAGCAUCGGCAGGUUUUUGAUUUUCAUUUAAAAAAAAGCUGUAGUGUCCUGAACUGACAUGAGCCUGAGAAAAUACUUUGCACAUGCUUGACCUCAACCUGACGCACGUAGCCAGGUCCCAUUGGGCUUGAGUCAAUUAGCCAGAUUGGAAAUGUCAGAGGAUUUGUUGCUUUAAAUGAACAGGACUGUUGUAUUGUGUAAGGAUGAAUAUUCUUCUGCAAAGUGCAGAUCCUUGUAACUUUAUGCCUCGAUGGCUGUAGAGUGUAAUUGUUGUGCUUUCUCUGAUCGGUUAAAUACUCAUUGUUUCAGACAGAACUUGAUGUCAGCGUUAUAUGUACCUAAAUGUGAUACCUGGGGUUUUAGAACAUAGAACAGUACAGCACAGGAACAGGCCCUUCAGCCCACAAUGUUGUGCUGAACUAAUUAAUCUAAUGACACCCAAGUCCUCCUGCCUGCACAUGGCCCUCCAUUCUCUGCAUAUUCUUGUUCCUAUCGAAAGAGCCUCUUAAAUGCCUCUAUUGUAUCUGCCUCCACCACCAACCCUGGGAAUGCAUUCCAGGGACCCACUGCUCUGUGUAAAAAAAAUUGACUGCCCUCCCCCCACUUUAAAUGAUAACCCCUAGUAUUAGACAUUUCAUUUCAACCCUGGGAAAGAGGUACCAGCUGUCCAACUAUGCCUUGGGGUGAUUUUCUUGGUUAGUUGAGAUCGUAUGUUCUUUGAUAUGACUGCUGAAAUUUUUCAUUUGCUGAUUUUAUGCAGUUUGUUCAUUGACCUAUGUGUAUGUCUUUUCCCAAAAAAAUAUAAAAUAAUUUCUCUGUCUUAAUCAUCUUGAUGUGAGCUUUAAUAACCAGUAGUGACAUGAUGGAUUUUAGUAAAAAUUGCAAAUCCAUAAAUCCAUAAAUUGCAUCUAUCAUGAUGUAGAACGUGUCGGUAGUUAUAUCUAUAUAAGUGGAAUUUUUCCAGAAGUAUUAUAGAAUUUCCUAAUAAUGAAGCGUUGUCCUUGUUAAUUGUGUUUGUGUUAUUGAAAUGUUUGCAAUCACAUGAAUUGUUAAGGGAUCUAGACCUUGUCAAUUGUUAACAAUCAACUGUGCCAUUUUCAUCGGCAUUUUGGCCCCAUCCUCAAUAAAUAUACUCCUGUGGCUGACCUCCAAACUCCAAUCCAUGGAGAUGAGAUUGGUAUACGUGGCUACUUGAUGGUUGGCAUGCACAUGCUGAGCUGAAUGGCCUCCUUGCUGUUUGACUUUGAUAUGUUCCACAUUUUGCAUUAUCAAGUAAAAUUGAUGAAGACCUGAUGCUGUGUGGGGCAUUGGCAUUUUUGUGCCAAUUUAACAGCAAAAUGCCAAACAGAAUCAUCUUUCUGCAGUAUAUUUCUGUGAAUCAAUUAAUUGAAAUAAAAUGAUAGACAAGGAUGUAACCUUUAAUAAGAAACGAAAGGUCUAGACCUCUCAAGCAAUUAGAUUUUUUUUGCUUUGUAUCUUAAAUCUCAGCAUUUAAGUCCAAUUGCCUGUUGUUUUCAUGCUAAUUGCUAAAACCAGUCCUGUGUGAGCAUAUGCAGUUUGAAACAAAAUAUAUUUUCAUACAUGGGAGAAGAUUAGUUAAUAUAAUAAGAAUGAUGAUUGCGCUGUGGAUAAGUUCUCUCCUUUAAGGACUUCGCUUUGCAGUCUAGUCAUUAUUUAAUCAACAUCAUAUUCACAGUGGUUAGCUUGGGUUUGGUCUGUUGGUUCCUGAAAAAGAGGGCCUAAAUAAUUCCAUAACCGCUUGAUCCUUAUUUUACUGUAUUACUCAGUUCAUUCAUUUAUUUGUUUUUUUUCAUCAGUCAAGAAGAAUCUUGGCUUCUCCUGUUGUGCCUGUUUAGAACUUUGACUAGAAAAAAACGUGCAGCAAUCCAUCUCCGAAUGAUCCAAUUUGCGCAGCAGAAGCCAGUGAAUUCCUGAUCCAGUCAGGAUGAAUGAGGUAGAAAAGUAACCACUGUGUUACCAGUUGCCACAAAUAUGCUUGUUUUAUGCAUAUAUUCCAUUUUAUGCAUAAGUGUAGUUCAUCCAAAGGAAUUGAAUAGCAAAUACUCAGAACACCUGCUGCAAUGCACUGUCAGUAUGUACACUUGAAAAUUGAAGAUUAAUUUUCAAAAUAGAAAAUGGACUAGAAAUUCUAUAGCACAUGGAAAUACACACUGAAAUGCCACUGAUUGGGGCCACAUGCUAACUUCUGCAGGGUUUUCCAGGUCAAUGAUUUUCUUAACAUGUGACAUGCAAGGAAUUAAAUACCCAAGAAGCAUGAAUCCUUGGCCUGUAAUGCGGUAACACAAUGGCAUGUAAUCACGGGAGUCAAGUGAGAAGUGCCAAGUGGUGAUUCUCAAAGCUGCUGCUCCUAGCAAUGGGUCUAAAGCAGAUGACCCAUCUCUGAGUUUUGUGAAAUGGGGACAAAACUGGAAGCUUCACUGCUCCAAAGGAUGCUUGGACAUUAGCAAGGGAGUUGGAUGCUAAUGGGAAUGGUUCCCUGUUUCCCACACAUCCUCAAACUAAAAGAUCUUAGCUGGAACAUCAACAGCAUCUAGGCUAUAGGAGGAGAUUCGAUGCUUGCCUGCCUUCAGUAAUAGAUGCCCCAACAAAGAUAACACAGUCUCUUUAAUUUGUGCUUGAGCAGGUGGUCUUCCUCUUUUCCUUAAGCACAUUUGCCUGCUCCUGUGCAUUGCAUACUGAUUGAAGUCACUGGUGGUUUCCAUGCAGAGACGUGUUAUGUGCAUGAAAGCCAGCAACUGAUUUUCACGUUGCACCCAAGUGCUAGAUCUUACACUGCAAAUCAGUCGCAGAACAUGUGAAAAAGCAUUUGUUAUAUAGAAUUUCCAGAACAUUGUGGAUGAAAUAUCUUGAGCUAAAGUACAAAGUGUGGAAUAGCCCAUUGUACACCUGACUGAUCUUUUUGCACUACCCGCCAAAUUCAAUUUAUUUAACUGCAGGAAUGAAUAAAUAAUUUGGAUACAACAGAGCACUGUUUAAAAAUAAAAGUUACUGAUUGAGUGUGUUCCUAACCAGUACACAAUAUGUACAAUCCCCAUUUCACCUGAAAGCUGUGCACUCUAGCAUAAACGAAAUGCAGAUAAAUUGUAGACCUUUGUGAGAAUAAAUUUGCAGAGUUCCUCUCCAACCCCUUUCAACGAUCAAAAGUGGACUACAGAACUGCUCUGGUUAAUGUGGUAUGGAAUUAACAUUUUAAGUGAUGACCUCAUCCCUUUGAGAAACCACUGUACCUCUUAAAGGAAUUCAGGAAGUUGUGUCCACUGAAAAUGUUUGCUGCCUACAUAUUCCAGAGAUCCAGUAUUCUUGUAAAAGAACCAAUAUUUAACUUGGUUCUGGUUUUGCAAAGCUUGAGAUUAAUAACUUCAUGUUUUGCACAAUCAAGCUGUGUUUCUAAAAUAUAUAAUGCAUUUGCACAGAUUCUCAACACCAGAUUGAGUCUGUAUCUGGUAUGUGCAUUUUUAAAAAAAACUCAAUCCUAAUAUCCAGUUGCAUUAUGUCAGUAUGUAUUUCAAACAAAAGCUGUACAACGUCAGAGUAAAUGUAUUCAAUCCUUCAGUGCCUGUCUCUUGUAAAAGUCUGGAAAUUAAGUAUUUUAGCUUUAAUUUAUUUCCCAUUUAUUGUAUUUAAUUAAGUCUUGGAACCAAGGAACUUGGUCUGGUACUGCUUUUUAUUAUUCAGGAUUGAUGAUUCAAAAUUGAGGCGACAGUCCAAGACUGAUUUAUUUGGAUAAUCAGUGGCUCUGAUUAGAUCAGUAAGAUCCUGUAUGGUCAGAGACUUAAAAUCAGAGAGAGAGACUGAGGAAUUAAUUUUCAGUGUUUUGAGGCUAGGAAAUUCUCAACCAUUGUUUUUAAGGGACAGCUGGCAUGCAAGAUUAUUACGUUAGUUACUUGUGAUUUUCCUGUCCUACUACCUUUUACUUGGGCACUGAUUUCUGAGCAGCAGUCACAAGUAUUGAAUUACACCGGUAUAAAUGUGGGGCUUACUAUGUGGCAUUUUUCUCUUCCAUCCUGAUAUCUCCUUAUGUACUCUUGCCAUAGUUUGUUUAUCAUCUUCAUUCUUCAUGUACACUGUCAACCACACCAGCAACAAAAUGGCUGCAAAUUAAUAUUUUUGCUUUACUAGUUUAUAUAUUUGGUGUGACCUGGCAAGAUAACUUUAAAAGUCUCAAAGGUUGAGAAUCAGGCAUGACUUGAUUUCAAAUCUUGGAACUCCAAUGCAGUCUCCAGUAGAAAAUUAACUGUAGGGUCCUGACCCUGGGCACUGAUAGUUUUGUGACAUUAGCAGUUUAUCAAGCAUAUGUUGUUGCUGUGCACUAUCCUUCAUUUGUUCCUGGAUAUUUGCCAAAUUGUCAACUUUGCUAUCACCUUUUUCCUGUUCAAGCUUUUGUGUUUUGCCAGUUAUGUUGUAACCUAAAGAUAUUUGUGUAUUUUUUAAAUCUGAUGACCUUAAAACAUUAACUCAUCACAUUAUCUGGUCUUCUGAAGAGCUGGGUAAAACAUUUAUUGUGAAGUUAUUUGGCCUGGAUUGUACCCUGAUCUACAUUGAUACUUAUAUUACUAUUGAUGAUUUACUGAAUAUAGUAUGGAUGAGACUAAAUGAAUCAAAAACAUAUAGAAAUGGCAUGUAACCAGUGCAUUAAGUGUUCAUGCAAAUCAAAAGUGCGGACGCUAGAAAUGUGAAAUAAAUACAGAAAAUACCAUAAGCACUUAGCAGGUCAGUCAACAUCUGUGAAAAGAGAAAUGGACAUUUCAGGUCAUAGAAAUUUUUGUCAGAACUGGGAAAGUGCGAACAUGUUAAUUUUAAAUUGCGAGGGGUGGGGUUGGAGUGGAGAUGGGGAUGGAUAGGACAAAGGGGAUAUCCCUGAUAGGGUGAGGUCAUGGUUGCCAAGGUGAUUCUACUGUUUAUGGAGCAGUCCGGUUAAUAGAUUGAUAAGAGCUAUUAGAAAGAAAGUGGGGAUGUAAAAGCUGUGAAACAGCAAAGCAGGCAGUAAACAUACAGAAAGAAAACUGAACUAAUAUUGCAGAUGACUAACCUUGCAGCAGAACUAGCAAGUUCUGAUACAAGCAGGAAAAGUAAGUCAUCUGAAACUUCAAUUCGAUAUUGAGACCCGAAGAUUGCCUUCUGGCCAAAGGCAGAAUUAGUUGUUGUUCCUCAUGGUUGUGUUGAGCCUUGGGAAUGGGAGAGUAUCCAUCUGGGGCCUUCUGCACUGUUCUGAUAAGGUCCAAUGCAAGCUUGAGGAAUGGCACUUCAUCUUCUAUCUGCAGGCUUCAGGACUCGAUAUCAAAUUCAUCAAUUUCAGAUACCUUGCUAUAUGCUGAAUAUCAAUCUGCAAUAUUAACUCAGUUUUCUCUCUCUGCAGAUGCUGCUUGAUCUGCUGGUCGUUCUCCUUUUGAUUUCAGAAGUUAGUAACAACUCUCACCUGUAUUGCAUAGCUUUUACAUGUCCCUUUGUUUGUUUUCCUUCUCUCUACCGUAAACAUCAGAAUCAUCUCAACAACCCUGGUCUCACCCUUUGUCCUAUCCAUUCACCCCUCACCAUUCUUGUUUCUAACUCUCGCUUCCCACUUUUGUUGAAGGGAGCAUCGACAUGAAACAUUAACUCUGUUUCUCUUUCCACAUAUGUUGCCUAACCUGCUGAGUGUUUCCAGCAUGUUUAUUAUUUCAAUGUGUUUACAGCUAGCUUCCUUAACAGCUCAUUGGUAAAUGUAUUUUCUAAUACAGUAUUAAACAUGUCAGACCAGCUCCCUGAUUUGAUUCCUGCUCUGUGCUCAGUUGGCUGAUGUCAUGAGGACCUGCAGUUGGGGUGCUUCAGUUGGCAUCAAUGUUUAGUCCCUGCUUGUCUAGAACAUGUCUAGGAUGACUUCUAUGUUUGAACAGUCUGCUGACACUCCUGCUUGGGUAAAGUCACUGAGGACUGCUGGUGCUUGUGUAAUUAAUAUUUUCAGGAAAUGUGCAACCUAACUCAUGUUAAAAUUUGUGUUAAAUGUUCCUUUGAAGAACAGCCAUUUGUAUUGUCCUUGAGAAACAUCUGUACUGAACUCUGCACUCUCUGCUACUUUCUGAUCAUGUCAUGAGCCAAUGCACAUGGAGGCUCUGGUGCCAGAGACAAAAAGCAACCCGGAAUCCUCCUCCAUUAAUGUUGCGCAGUUCCAGUUAUCUGGUUUGAUCGCAUGUCCCAGUUAUGUCUUACAUGUUACAGCUCUGAACUUAUGUGAGCAAUGUAUUGCAUGUGAUAUGUGAAGCACUGAUUAUACAGCAAUAUUUGAGCAAAUAAGAUCAAUAAAAUCUUGAAGGCGUG